AUGUUUUCCGCUGAUUGCCCCAAAGGAGACCCAAACGGAGCCAUCGACGAACAGGCCCAUCAGGAGAAAGCCAUCAAACAGGCUCAGAAGAAGACCGGUGCCAAGACGGCGGCGGACAUCUGGUCUCGGCCGCGUCUGCCACUGAAGAAGAAACUAACGGCUUCCAAGCAACCCCAGCAGGAAGCAAUCACCAGGGUCGACAAAGAGGAAUCAGGAGGAGCAGAAGGCCAGACAAUUGACAACAAGCAGCUCGCAAACCAGACCAACCGAUCGACCGAGUAG